CUGAGCGUCCCACCAGCCAUUGUGACGCCACAGGUGUGAGCAGGGCACGGCUUUGUUGGUGCCCGGAGCUGGCGCUCAGAGCUGCUGUGACCUCUCUGGGAGCAGCAGCACAUCCCGCUCUGGGAGCUUUGUGCGCCUGUUCUGCCGGUUUGGUGGCUACAGGACAAGACCACUGUGCAGGGCAACCUCGUCUGCCCUGUGCUUUAUACCCUUUGCCCGUCCUUAUUCUUGUCCUUGUCCCCUUUGUCCCCCUCACCCUAAACCUCACCCUCAUCCCGUUCAUCAUCCCUACUUGGCUCCCGGCAGCCCCGCUGGGGGCUUCGUGCGCUUCCUGCUGCUGGGAGCUCCGAGCAGGGCCAUGCCGUGGCUUCUCAGCAAGAAGCGACGGCAGUCGCCGUCCAGCAGCACCAGUGGGCAGCCCUGGGCUGCCACCAGCUUCACCAGUGCCUCCGAGCUCAGGGAGAAGGGGCUGGGCAGGCUGCACCGCGCGGCCGCCCGCGGCGACCUGGCCUGGCUGAGGCGCUGGCGCUGGUAUGUGAGGGCAGUUGGCAUCGACAGGCGAGACCAGGACAUGCGGACACCUCUGCAUCUCGCUGCGGCAAAUGGCCAUGCAGAUGUCGUUCGAUAUCUGAUGAGAAAGAACAGCCAGCCCAACCUCACUGACAGCUUCAAGAGAACGGCACUGAUGAAGGCAGUGCAGCAGGAGCAGGAAGAAUGUGUUGCUGUUCUGCUGGAACACGGUGCUGACCCGAAUCUGGCGGACACUGACGGCAACACUGCCCUUCACCUGGCUCUUUGA